AUGGAGAGAUGCGAAAACUGUUGGUCACUAAUCAAUAUCAGUCAGAAUGUACCAUUGGUAGGAGUUUUUGUCUAGUUUAUCUUUUGGUCUAUUUUGUCAAGUUUCAGUGAGGUGGCGGGGUUUUUUGGGCUUUAUAAAGAGACAGAAGUAGGAGAGGAUAAGGUAGGAUUGUUAAAGAUGCGGAGAGAAAAGUUUUGUUUACAUAUUACAUGUUAUAUAAAAAACGUUACAGGAUGUAGCAAUACCAAUAUACGGGUUUGUGCUACCAUCGGUGGUAUCAAUUACUGUUGUGACCAACACUUUUAUAAUUACCGUACUACUGCAAAAGCAUCUUCGAACUCCUACUAAUCUUGUUUUGUUAUCUAUGGCGGCUACAGACUUAUUGACCGGUAUGCAGGAGUGCUCUGUAACAACAAUAAUUUAAUAAGCUAAAUUUUGAAUAUUAAAAAUUUUUUAGUAUUUUUUAUUUGCUUACUGUAGCUUUAGCAAAGCAUAAAAUUUAGUGUUUUUAGGCAUAUCCUCAAUACCAUGGAUGGUAUUUUACUAUACUAUGGAAGGGUACAAAACUGAUGAAACUGAUGGACUUCCUACAAUAUGGUGUACAGUAUAUCCAUAUCUUUCACAGCUACUGCCAGCUUUUUGGCAUACAAUGGGUAAGACGUUACUUUAGGUUUUAUGGCUUACAUUUAGCUUAUCUUCAUAAUGUUAGAGUUAGUCAUCUUCAAUGAUUAAAAUUUUUAUUUUUAGUGGUAUAGCUUACUUUAUUUUUAGGGGUAUGGCUUACUGUGUUCCUCGCAAUUCAACGCUACGUCUACGUGGUAGUACCAACUGCGAUUCCGCACCUUUGUACGCCAAGUCGGACAAAGUCGAUUAUUUUAGGAAUUUUUGUAGUAAGUGAGCCUAUAUUUCGUAUUUUUGUCUAGUUUUCUAUUAUUCUAGAGUUACCAGCAUUGACUGGCAAGUACACAACAUCGUUGCCCUUUAAUGGACGUCAAUAUUGUGUGAUUAAGUAUACGUUUAUUACUAUGGAUCUGCUUGGGGUGAAGAUGUUUUAUUCACUGUUAUACUGGAUUAAGGCGUUAUUUGUACAUCUUUUACCCUGCUUUUUGUUAACGGUAAGUUAAUAUUGUAAAGACUUUUGUUAUUAGUGGCUAAUGUCAUAGGCAAUGUUGAGCUUAGUAACGAUGUUAAAGACUUUGGCUUUAAAAAAAACUUAAAAAAAGUGGUUUUGUAUAAUAAAAACGUCUUUUACCCACUACACUACGAACGUACACGUUCCUUCAAUUAUCUUACGCAUCCAAAAAUGUCAUUUUUUGCAUUAAAAAAAUUUUUUUGCAUUGAAAACCAUUUUUUGCAACAAAACAUUAAUUUUUUCCUGAAAUAAACUCAAUUCGAACUCGAAUCCAGAAGCCGUAAAUUCGAAUGACACUCUCGUAUAUAUAUUACAUAUAAGUCUUCCUUAACUGACACUGUUGGAUUAAUUUAGAUAUUUACGUACAAGUUAGCCAACACCCUGAAAAAGACAGAACUACGCAAGCGGAGCUGGUUCCUAAGUGCCGAAGAGCCGGAGGCGUCGGACGAAUUGCCAAAUAAUACGAAUUCGAGGCGGUCGUUGUAUGCGACCAAUCGUAUGCUAUUCGUGAUCUGCGUGGUGUUUUUGACUGUUGAGGUAGGGAAGGAAGCCUUUUAUUAUAAUUUGGCAUCAAUUUUUAUAUGACUGUGUAACGUAUGACGAGAUACGACAUGGGGAGUAGGGUGGGAUACUGUAAUUUAGGGUAAAGCAGGGUCAGAUAGGUGGGCAGAAUAAGUUAGGAUAGGCUAUGUUGGGGUAAAACUAAGGUAAAAUACGGUUAGCAUAACAUUUUCAAAUCUCUUUUUUAUUAUGCCAAAACUUAAGUUAGGUAAACACAAAAAGUGGCCCCAUAAAUAAAAAUUGAACCCACGUGUUUACAUUACGGAUGAGAAAAAUAAGGAAACAUAUACUUAAAAAAAGUGAAUUUCCGUUACUUUGCCGAUAUUAACAUUGUUUGUUUACUAGUACUUUGACCAGUUAUUAUUUUUUAGUUACUAAAUUCGGGUACGGUACUUAUACUGUACGUUGUGCUUUAAAAUAAUUUUUUUGUCAUUUCACUGUUAAUUAAUUUUUUUGCUAUUAAUUUCUAUUUUUAAAGUCAUUCAAAGUUGCCAAGUCAACUUUUGAACCUAAAAAAACACUUUCUUUAAACUUUAAACCCAUUACAGUAACCCAUACAGCCUAUAAAAACUCCUAUUUAUACUGUUUUAAUUUCCGCCGAUGUUUGUCGAUAAACGUAGUAAACAUUGGAAAUUAAGCGACACAAAAGUGCAGUUCGAAAUGAAUUUAAUUCUUUGGCUUUUCAGAUUCCGGCCGCAUUCAUUUUUAUUUCCCAUUAUUUUAUUGCCACUCAUUUACUUCAUUCGCCAUGGGCGUAUCGACUUCUUAAUGUGGCGCUUAUAAUCAGGUAAUGCUUGUUUUAUGUUAAUGGCUCUGUUUUUUGGCUUGGGGUAGUGAAUUUGGAUUGGAACGAGUUUUUUGAAAUUGACAAUUGGGUUUGGGAAGGGGUAGAUUUUGUGGUUUUACCUUUAGUUAAUUUAAAAAUUAAAAAUGUUUUGAACUUUUCAUGCAUUGUGUAUUAGCAAAAACUUUAUUUUGGAACUUUGAUGAACAAAAUAAUCAAAAAUGGCAGGGGCUUUGAACGAUAAAUCAAUAAGUAAAAGAAGCCGAGGGAUACCGACUCAGUAUCAGUGAUAACUCUCUAGGUUUGAUCUAAACCAUGGUGGUGUGAACCCUGGGUUUUUACUGUUAUGAGGUAUGCUAAAAGUGUGUUUGUGGUUGGUAAUGAAGCGAUUCAGUGGAGGGUUAAAUUAAAUGUUGUAAGUAGAAGGUCAUCUUAUAAGAACUUAAAAUUGGGGUAAAUACAGUAGUUUGUGUCAAUAGUAUUCUGACAUUAAGUGCAUGCUUUAAUGUACUUUUGAAGCCACAGUAAAUUUAUGAGAUAGAAGUCACAGUAGAGUUAAGAAUGGACUAUAAAAGUCACAGGAUACAGUAGAUUUAUGUUGUAGGUACAUCUAGUAGUAAUUUCAUGGUAAAGCAUGGUAAAUAGUAGACUUACGUUGAUUUUAGGCUUAAAUUAUUCGUAAUUGUAAGAAAGCCAAGUUUAAGUUAAUGGUACAUUCAAAAAAAAGCCUUACUUAAGACAGAGAUACUUAUCAGUUAAGGUAGGUUUAUGUCAUCUCUACAUAAGUCCUUCACUAACUUUAUAAUACUUGCCUUACUGUCUUACUGUGUUUUAAAUGUAGCUGCACAGUAACACUUGCUAUCGCCUUAUCAUGUCAUAGUUUUUAGUCUAGGUCUUAGGUCGUUUAGUGUUAGAUUCUUCCAAAUUUUCUUGUAACUAAUUACCAUAAAAGUAAACCUACUGUAAAGUUUUAUGACGUCGAUCAAAAACUGAGUCUACUGUGAGUUUUUUACAACCCUACUCCUAAAAUCAAAACAUGGCUUGCACUUUGCCUAAUAACACAAAAACAACCAAAGUAGCCGGUCGCUGUAAUUCCGGGAAUUAAUGGGCGUUCAACCUCGACGAAACUCGGAACGCAUAUCCACACGAAGACAUUCCGGAAUAAAGUAAGGACGAAAAAAAGACAAAAUAUAGGGGCGGUAGACAUUACAUUUCAACAAGAAGAUACGAGUCAUGUUUUUGUGGGGUUCUGAAAACUCUCCUGGGCCCCACGCUUACAGGGGGCUUGUCAAUCAGUAACGCCGCCAGCCUUGAUGAGGAAGUUUUUUCGUGUUGUAAAUUAUUAAUUAAAUUGAGUUAGAUGACAAUGAAGUGGCUGAGAGUUUUGUCCAAAAAUUCGCGUUAAUUUGGCAUUCCUCGGACAAACUUUGUUGAGGGUGGAUAGAUGGGUUUUUAUUGGAAAGGGGGUGGGUUCGGAAGUUUGUUGGGAUGUUGUUGUUGUAUAUAGACGUAGAUCAGUGUGUUGUGAGGGGAAAAAGUACUUUUAUAUACAUCAUAUUUGUUUACUUAUAUAUUAUGGGCUUGCGAUCGGCUUAAGCGUAGCAGAGUUGGAGCUAGUGGGCUAAUUUUUUAAAGCUUUAAGUUUAUUAGGCUUAGAUUUAGGUUUAGGCUUAGUAGGCUUAGGGUUAGCAGGCUUAGGUUUAGUAGAGUCAUGUUCAGCCAAUUUAAACAAAAUAGAUUUAGGCUAAGUUAGCUUAGACAUAUUAAGCGUAGGCUUUCAAAAUAUAGGCUGAGGUUCAGUGCUUGGUAGAUUUAACCUCAGUAUAACGUAAGGUUUUAAUAAAUUUAGGCUUAUUAUGAUUACUUAUGCGUAACAAACCAAAACAAAUACAACACAUGCAAAUUUCGGACCUUGAAACACAAUUUUUUUCUUCACCCAAUAUGAAUUUGUAGCCGACGGGUUUAUUUACGGUGACACCACUUGAGAAUUAGUGUACACAAUGUGCUGAAAAAUGUGUUUUUGAGUAUUUCCUAGCAUGCCUUUUGUGUAGCCACCUUCAGAAUGUUUACAUAAUUACUCCAGCAUUUGUGGGAUUCUGUUGAUUAUGCUUAAAGAUUUUUGUUGUAACAUUUAAAGCAUUACCUGUUACGGAUUCUGUUUUUGUUUAUGUUGAUGAAUAUAAUUUUUUAAGUAUUAUAUUUAUAUCACAUGUAAUAGUAGGGUGGGAUAGAGUAGGGUAGGGUAGGGUAGGGUAGGGUAGGGUAGGGUAGGGUAGGGUAGGGUAGGGUAGUUUAGGGUAGUUUAAGGUAAAGUUGGAUAGGAUAGGAUAGCGUAAAAUGUAUUAGAGUAGGGUAGGAUAACGUAGGAGAGAUGUUUCAAAACUCCUGUUGUUAUUGAAAACAUACCAUUAUCGCAUCCAGAAGUCGUACAAUUUGAUUUCUGUCUGAACGUAGCUUAUAAUAUAUCAUAAGCAAUAAGACAUGUGGUAUUUAAAACAGAUUAACACUUUAAUCCUACUACAUAAUUUUAUUAUACUUUUGUUAUUGUUCAAGACGAAAGUAGUUUUGACAUGUAUAUUACUAUGUCUGAAGCUAGUAAAAAUCGGUUUUGAAGGCAGGGCAAUAUAGGGUAUUAUAAUGCAAUACAGGGUGUGGUAUGCGAGAGUAUUGUAGAGUAAAGUAAGUCAGAGCAGGGUAGAAUUUAUACUCAAAUUGUCAGGCAGGUAAUAGGAAAUACCUCGGUGAAAUUUGAAAUGAGAUCCCAACACUCGCAGUCAUUUGUUGAGUCGUUUUACAUCGAGGAAAAUAUUACAAAAAUAACAAUAUUACAUAAGAAAAUGUUGCGCAAUACCAUUUCUUUUAAUUUCUCUAAGGCUAUAUAGUUGUAUCAUUGCUAUAAUAUUAGGUAAUGCUCCGUAAGAGCAGAGUAUAUUAUUAUCUGGCGCUUAAAAAGUAUUCUAUUGUUAUAUUGAUCUCAGUAUAGGUUUUCAAAAUAAAGAUAGAUUAAACUAUAGGUUACUGUAGUUCUAUUGAAUAUACAUUUAAUCAAGAUAUUGUCUAUAAACCAUUGUUAUAAUCAAAAUAUUAUUCUCUUGGGUAGACAGAAACGUAUUUUUGGAAGAUUAUUGUUAUCGUACUGGGAUUGACAUAUUUAGACAGAAGUGGAAGGCUGGGGAAAGGGAGGAGGGGUAUUUUGAAGGUGGGAGGGAUUUUUUUUGUGAAUUUUAAUAAGAGGUGUAAAAGUUUAAAAUUUUUUAUUUUGCAAUAGAAUUUUUUUUUUCGUAACUAAAAUUUUUUUAUUAUACAUAAGAUACCAACAACAAUGUAGCAAAUAAUAAUAGUCAUCUGCAAAUGACAAACCCCGUCACAUUUACGGUAGAAAAACAACAACAACACUGUAACGGACAGGUCUCGUUUCAGGAAUCUGCUCAUUGUGCUCACGUCGCCGAUUCAGUUUUCGAUUUACUGUUCCAUGUCUGAGCAAUUCCGCUUAACGGCCAGACAGUUGUUUUCGUCCAAGCUUCUAUUUGUACCACAGGCACAGGCGACCUUUCACGGCGGCAAACGCUACUCGUUGAUCUUGGUGGACGUGAAGUUGAUCGAGAAGAAGAGGUUGUCGUUGACUAGGAGGAGCAAGAAGGGUGCAAGGUUGGUUUUUAAAACUUUUUGAUUUUUUUUUAGGGCUAGUUUUAGGCUAAGGCUAGACCUAGGGACCGUUCUAAGACAGUCUAAAGCUUAGGGCAACGCUAGCGCUAGUUCUAGGACAAGCUAAAAUUGGGACUGAACUAUGACUACGGCUAAGGUUAGGGCUAAAGCUAAGGAAGAGCUAAAACACGGCAGGACGAAUCAAUGUUAAUGCCAUUUUUUGCAAGAAAUUUCAAAAAUUUGGUGUAAGAAGGAGCGCGCAAUUAGAGACAGUACAUGUUUUUAACAUUUCAGGGUCUUCUGUAUAUUAUAAUAGAGGAAGUCUUGUAAGGAAUUAAAAUAUAAUAUUGUAGCUUUACAUCAUUUCUCUGGGUUAAAAUUAUUUUUUUAAAUUUUUUAGUUAGGUAGGCUAAGAUAAGGAUCAGGUAAAUCAGAAGGCGCACGGUAGGCUUUGGUAAAGCGUGAACGAGUGGGUUUUUCAACAAAUUAGUUAAAAAUUUACUUUUAUAUCUAACUGUUUUUAAAAUUUUCACAAACUUCUCAAAAAAUGCCAAAUACUUAACUCCCCUCCCCCUUCCCCCUCCCCUUCAUUUAACACAUAAAACGUGAUGAGUGUAUAGGCACAUUAUAUAGUUGAAUCGUACUUUUACGGCCGUGGUAGAAACUCUCAGGGGUUGGGAAGCGCCGAAUCCCCAAAGACAAUGAGAAACGUUCCGUCCGCGGCUUCAAUUUACCGCUCGAACGGAGCCAACAAUAGUAUUAUGUCAGUUUAUAGCGACAUCAAAAUUAGGGUGAUAUGUUGCUUUUUUUUGGACUCUACCCUACCUUACCCUAAUUUACCAUACCUUGUUUUUUCUCUACCCUACCCUACCCUACCCUACCCUACCCUACCCUACCCUACCCUACCCUACCCUACCUUACCCUACCGUAAUCUAACUUUUCUUACACCUACCCUAUUCUGAGUUACUCGCUUUUAAAUUGCCUUUUCCUAUUUUACCUUACCCUACUUUACCUCCUUCUUGAUUUACUGCUUUGUUUUUACUGUAUCAAGAGAUCAAAAACAUUAAAUGUAACCUCAAUAACAUAACAUACCACAGCCAUGACUGUGUACGUAAACUCAGUAGAACAUUUACUUUUUUUAAUAUAAGCGGUUUUUUUAUUUACAAUGGGAUCCUUAAGCAUUUUUUGAUGACUUUUUUGGCUGUUUGCAAAAACACGUUACUUUUUGUUUUUUUACAUCGAAAUGCAAAUGGACGUAUCUUUUGCUGUGUAUGAAAAAAUGACGGGUUGGCAACAUAACUUCUGGGAUUUGUAGAAAAAUUAAAAUGUCUGGAGAAUGCCAUUUUGUGUUAGAGCAGUUGAUAAAAAAAAGUGAAUUUGGUUGGGUAUUUUUUGACAUAGAAUAGUUGAGAGGGGGCUUAUUUGUAAUUAUGAUGACAUUAAACGUUUUUUACUACGAUGAUGACAGUAGGAUCACUUUGCUCUACUCUUUAAUAUGAAUAGGUUGGGGUAUGGUAGAGUAGGGUAGGGUUGAAUGAUGCAUUGUAAAGUAGCGUAGGAUAGGGUAGUUUCGAAGGAAAUAUUACAAUUUAUUCUUGCAUUGCAGUUAGUAUACAUAAAAUAAAAAAAGGGCAGCUUUUAGUGUAGUAUAAAAUUUAAAAAACGAAAGUAUGGGCAGCUGAUUAAAUAAUGAUUAUCACAAUAGUCAAACGGUAUCAUUAUUUUUUAUUUUUUUAAAUAAAUAAAUAUAAACUGUACUUCUAAAGCUUUUUAGUUGGCAGAAAAUGUAAUUUUAUCAUACUUUGAUUUAAUAGGUUGAAACAAAAGUAUCGGGACACUUUUUUCCCUUACUUCAAUUUUAAACUAAAAGAAAAACUUUGCAAAAAACUAAAACUUUAAACGAUAAAAGUCACGUUUUCUGCACGUUUCAUAACAUCAUCAAAAAAAUCGUACAAUAUUGUUAUGCCAGACGGAACAUGAUGUUUUAUUUAGAUCUUCUAGCACUUAAGAAAAUUUUUCAAAUUUAAAAACUGACUCCCCCCAUUAUUUUAUAAUAUUAACCACUUCCGUGUGAUUUAUAGUGCUUCUUUGUGCACAUGACAUUAUCUUGGCGGCACAUGUUGUGUCAUCACAUUAUUAAUGGGGUGGAAUUGGAAAUGGUUUUUAAAAUUUCGUUUAAUUCGAUUUGUAGGACAAACGUUUUAACACGACCUUUGGGGUCGUGUUCUGUUUGGGUUACUUGUUUUUUGUGGGAGGGUGGGGGGGAUGGCAUUUGGAAAUUAUUGGGUUUUGAGGGUGGUUAGUUAAGGGGGUAUUGAAUGGAAAGUCAAAUUUUUAAAGUAAUGUGUAAUAGAAAAGGUAUAACGGAUAAAUGAUGUUAUAGUAGCAAAAUGUGUCUGCAAACACAAUUUUUUUUGUUUUUGAGUACUAUUAGGUGCCAACAUAAAGAACCCGCCAUACUUUUCGCGUAAUUUUCUGUAAAAAAUGGUGGUUUUUUAUGUUGGCACUUAAUAUUUAGUACUACACAGUACCUAAAAAAAAUUUUUUUAUUAUAGUAUUAAUUAGUACUAUAUUAUAUCAAAUUCAAAAAUAUUUUAAAUAUUAGUACUUUUUGGUUUUAAAAUCAAACUUUUUUUAGUUUUUUUUGGCUUAAUUUCUUGUUCUUUGUCAAAAACUGUCACUAAAAUCAUCAUUUUCGGCCGAAAUUUGAAAUUGUCUAGAAAAUUACGUAGUCAUCAACAAUACGUAAAUUCUGCCUACUCAGCAACCCCACUCAUUUCUUACUUACACCUCCCCAAAAACUGUCACCCAAUGUUUUUUCUUUGUUUUGCCAUUCUUUGUUGAUUCUAAAUUAAGAUACUCAUCUCUAGAAGAACAAUAUACAUCCCACUAAACAUUUUUUGAGUAGUUGCUUCAAUUUUUUUUGUUGCCUAAUUUGCAUGCUCAUUUUAGAAACGUGGAGCACAGUGAAACAGCGACAAAAGCCGCGGAACGUCAUCAUCGUUCUUUUCGCUCCCGGAAGACUUCAUUCAUAUCUUUGACAUCUGGCCGCCGCCGUCACAGUUCCAGUCCUGGGGCGCGUUGA